UAUGCUUCUUUGGCUUGUGGACGUGUUUUUAGCUCUAAGAUCUAGUGUUAUCUUCUUUGUUCCUUAAGAAGCUCUUUCAAUUUCUAUUUUAGGUAAAAGUUUAGCAUUUAUAAUAUAUAUGGUACAAUGAACUUUACAUGGUUUGUUUAUCACCGUCUCCUUGCUGGUUCAAUCUUCUGAUGAGCUAGGUAAACCUCCCUCUUAGGAAGGAGGUUCCACCAGACCCCAGGUCGCAACAGAGGCACCACCUUGCUCGUGUGUGUGUGCUUGUGCAGGUGUGGGGACAUGUAACUGAGUGUCUCUAUGUUACAAUAUAGAACAGGGAGUAGGGUCAUGUAGAAGUCAGAAAAGAUUGAUAAAGUUACUUGAACUCCUGUUGUAGCUGUCCUGGUUUUCAGGUGGUGGGUCACAUUGCUCUUGCUGAGAGGUGAUGUACACCGGUAGCAAAGGAUUCAAAUGCUAAAUGGAUUAUGUUGAAGAUGGUCAUACCUUGCAUCUGGUUGUUCGGCAACCUGUUCUGCCAUCAUCUGAGGGUUUAUCCAAUCAUCCAGCAAUUGAUCCUGCUUUAGGUACAAGCCGUGGUCAAAGUAAUCAGGUAGCCCCUGGUCUUGUUAUUGAAGCUUUCAGUGCUGUUCAGGGGGAUAGCGUUCCUCCAGAAAUCAAUCGGAUCGUCUCUGCGGUUCUGGGUUCUUUUGGAAUUACAAACGUUUUAAGUGGCGGUGAAGGGAUUGAUGUCAGGGAACAUGGUACUCAAAAUCCUACCCAGCUUCAGUCUGAACAAACUGGCAUGAGGGGUCCACCUGAUAGAUCUCACAGUACUUUUGGACUUCCACCAGCAGUUUCUUUGGGACCUCUGCAGCCUCCUGUAAUUCAUGAUUCUUUGACUACUCUAUCCCAAUAUUUAAGUCUAAUGAGGCAUGACUUUGAUGCCAUUGUGGCAGGGAGAAGUGGGGGAAACAGUGCUCAGGCGGCUGCCACACAUGGUAAUGGGGAGAGAGGUCCUAAUUCCACACUGCCUACAGGGACAGUACAAGAAGGGUUUCCAACACCUGCAUCCUUGGCAGAAGUCAUGCUAUCGUCCAGACAAAUGCUCAUUGAACAUGCAGGAGAAUGCAUACUUCAACUAUCUAGACAACUGGAGGAUCAAGUGAAUGUGACUGAUCCCUCAGUGCGGUUAAGCACUCAGUCUAGUGUACGUAGAGCUGGAUUUCUAAUUCAUAAUCUAGGCGCACUUCUACUUGAACUUGGUCGUACAACUAUGACAUUGCGGCUGGGUCAAACACCGUCAGAAGCCGUGGUUAAUGCUGGACCUGCAGUUUUCAUAUCCCCAACUGGUCCUAAUCCUAUCAUGGUUCAGCCUCUUCCUUUUCAACCUGGAACAAGCUUAGGUGCCAUCCCCAUGGGAGGUGUGCAACCUGGCUCCGGUUUGGUCAAUGGACUUGGUACUGGAUUUGUUCCGAGGCGUAUCGAUAUACAAAUAAGAAGAGGUUCUUCAGCAACUACCCCAAAUGUUAGUCGUGAGGAACAUAGUGAUACUCAGCCGCCCUCUGGGCUCAGAAACUCAACAACGAAUUCUGGUGGUGAAAAUCCUAUUAUGACAUCAACUUCAAGGGUCUCAGAGGGUCCAUCUUUUGGUGGAGAAUCAGGAGUACAGGUGGUACCGACUAGGACCAUGAUUGCAGCAGUACCUGGUCCCUUCAGUCGCCUACCUUCAGAUUCAGCUGGUAAUUUGAUAGGUUUAUACUAUCCAGUUCUUGGAAGAUUUCAGCAUGUGGCUUCUGGACUUGUGAGUGGUGAACAGGGAUCUCAAGCAUCUGGUGAGCACCAUUCUGCUGGCCUCCAAACUGAGCAGCAGACUAAUUCUGCAGUACAACAGCAUAACAUAGAUGGUCCUGCUAGAGAUGGAUCAUUUCCAACUCCCUAUUUAAGACAACAGCAGCCAUCCAAUGCACGCAGUGGAAAUAUUAACAUUCUCUCAGCUGAUGGGACCCAAAACAGCCAGGAGUCUGAUGGACAUCUACCAAGCAGUGUUAUGCAGUUCUUAAGGACUCUUUUUCCUGGUGGUGAAAUUCAUGUUGAAGAAGCCAGUUCAGAGGGAACAGGUAGAGGUUCUGUCUCUGAGCAUGAGCAUGUAGGGACAUCUGGUGGUUUUGUGAAUGCACCAGAAGCCGAACCGAGAGCAAGCGACGAAGGAAUAUUUUUGUCUAAUUUGCUACAUCAGAUCAUACCCUUGAUAUCGCCACAAGCUGGUUCACAGCCAGAUGCUAGACCUACAGAAGCAGCAAACGCUUCUGAAAAUACAAUGCCUCGAGAUUCUUCCACCCAGGCUGAGGACUCUGAUGUUGGGACGUCUCGUCGACCAAAUGAUGAUGAAACAAGCCCUCCAAAUUCGAAACGUCAAAAGAUGGAGUGAUGUCAUAAGAUUGGUGAUCUAAUCUUUUCUGGAUGCAGAUGGAGCCAAAAAAGUUGCAUAGCAGCCAAAGUAGUUCAUUGGUUUUUUUCUUUUUCUUUUUCUUUUCCUUCUCAAGCGGGAAGUUGUGAAGUCGAUAUUUUAUCGAGUUAUAGGGGAUACUCUCUGAGACAACUUGUUUUUUCUUAGACUAUAAAUAAUAAGUGUUGUAAGACUUAUAAGUUGGAUUUUAUUUCCAAUAGAGCUUUUUUUUAGUUUGAGAAUUUUCAUUUUUUAAUUAA